AUGUCUUCCAAACCCCCCUCCCCCCAGAUCCACGACGCCAUCAAUCUUCUCAUCUCCAAUCUGGUCAACAUCGAAGAUGCCACCGGCCAGUUCCUCCUGCGUCUGGACGAUGGCCGUGUGAUCGACACCAAAUGCUGGAAGGGCUGGGAGUGGACGCACGGCAUUGGCCUGUAUGGCGUGUGGAAAUACUACGAAAUGACCGGCGAUCCCAAACUGCUCCAAAUCAUCGAGGACUGGUUUGCAGCCCGGUUUGCCGAAGGAGGCACCACCAAGAACAUCAACACCAUGGCCGUCUUUCUGACGCUGGCAUAUGUCUACGAGAAGACGGGCAACGUGACUUAUCUUCCCUGGCUGGACGCAUGGGCGGAAUGGGCGAUGCAUGAUCUGCCACGUACUCGGUACGGAGGCAUGCAGCACGCCACGUAUGUGACGGAGAAUUAUCAGCAGCUGUGGGACGACACGCUAAUGAUGACCGUCAUGCCCUUGGCCAAGAUUGGUCGUUUGCUCAACCGCCCCGAGUACAUUGCCGAGGCGAAGCGGCAGUUCCUCGUGCACAUCAAGUAUCUGUUCGAUACCCGGACGGGCCUCUUCUACCACGGCUGGACCUUUGAAGACGGCGGGCACAACUUUGCUAACGCUCGCUGGGCCCGGGGCAACAGCUGGGUGACCAUCGUCAUCCCCGAGAUCAUCGAGCUGCUCGAGUUGGAACCCACCGAUCCGAUCCGAGUCCACCUCAUCGACACCCUCGAGACUCAGUGUCAAGCGUUGCAACGAAUGCAGGCGUCAUCUGGCUUCUGGCACACCCUUCUCGAUCAUCCCGACUCGUAUGUCGAGGCAUCCGCAACAGCAGGGUUUGCAUACGGAAUCCUCAAAGCAGUUCGCAAGCGAUAUAUCGGAGCACAGUAUCGAGCUGUGGCAGAAUCAGCCAUCACAGCAGUGUUGGGAGCUGUGGAUGAGAAGGGAGAGCUGCAGAAUACCAGCUUUGGCACAGGGAUGGGCGAUAGUCUGGAGUUUUACAAGAAGAUUCCAUUGACAGCAAUGCCGUAUGGACAGGCUAUGGCUAUCAUGGCUUUGGGCGAGUAUUUGCGGACAUAUCUAUAG